GUACUACCGCUAGCUCCUGGCUAUCCUCCGCUUCGGAGCUUGGAUAACGAUCGGGAAACGUACCAAGAUCCCCCAUCGUCUCCAUCGUAUGCCAUGGGGACAGAACAAGAAGUGACUGGUAGCAGCGACUCGGACGAUGGAACUCGUAGCAUUUCCUUCAGCCAGCCCGCUACAGCGACGAGCUCCCAGAUGAUGUUCGAAUCGGCCAACUUUGUGUCCUUGCCCACGGAGGUUACAUGUGCAGUACUUUCUCAGCUUCACCCGGCGGACUUGCUUCGCUUCUGCCGUACAAGCAAGGAUUUCCGUGACAUGUUGAUGUCCGAAUCAUACGACUCCAUCACGAUAUGGAAGUCUGCGCGAGAAUCGCACGGAGACGUUCCUGAGCCCAUGCCCGGGGUCUCGGAGUUUCGAUGGGCGACUUGGUUGUUCGAGAAUCCUCCCUGCGAGGUCUGUGGCAGCCGCAUACCAUUGUUGCAGCGUGGUCCCUACCUAUCAGUGGGACAUCGCGUAUGUAAGGAGUGCUUCCGCAAGAAGUGCCUAUUCCCGUUUAAUGUUUCUCGCGAGGAGAAUCAGGAUGUUCCUGAUAUUGAGCUCUUUUCCCUUUCUGUACCUAAAGAUAACGGACAUGAAAAGCCCGGGUUCUGGGCUGAAGACGUGAACGAUGUAUCAGCUACACUACGGUCGUUAACACGCGACAUCGAACUGGAUAAGCAUGGAGCGGCUCAGGCUCUUGAAGAUUACAUGGAUCGUCGUAGGGAGCUUGUUAGAUCAUCUCACCAGGCUUACCAGGAUUUUAAACACUGGAGGACACGGGAUAGUCCUCGGGUGAGGUCUCAUAACCGCGAGGAACUACAGAGUUACAUUGCCGCCCUGGGGUAUACUUGGGAUGACUUCAUGUUUGUCAUGAGACGCCAUCCUAGACCUUUCUAUGAUUACCUGUUCACGCGUGACACGGAGCUGAGACAUGAAGAGUGGAAAAAAGAAGAGCCUUUGGUUAUCGAACAGCUCGGGCGCUGCCCAGCAGAACGUGAAGCCGAACAUCGUCUCAAUGUUUUGGCGGACAGAUGGUCUGUUGUGACGGGACAUUACAAAAACUAUUUGCAGGACUUGCCUCCGCUUCGGCAGGCCGAGGCACCACCUCUUGCGGUCGCAAACCUCUUUCCUGGUAUUGAUAUCCUCGUCAAUAGCCCCUCAACGGACUUUUUAUCUCAUGAGCUCUCGCGAGCUAUGAGAAACAUCAAAGAAAUGAUCGCAGACUACAUCGAAGCAAAGGACAUGAUGUGCCGCGACAUUGCCGUACAGUGUCUCACACACAGUGACGACCAUCCUCCCCCUCACCACCUCGCUUCCUUCGUUAUUCAAUGUGCACAGCAGGACUGUUUCAAUCGAGCCGAAUACGGGCUUCGUAAUAGGCCACUCUUUGGGCCGGCAGACGUUCGGAACCACCACUGUUACUCGCAACCUCUUCCUGAGUCGCCCCUUUGUGGCUUGGAAAGCCGUUACGCCUUCAGCGAUCGCGGGCGCGAGGUUGUUCUCUCCCUUCUGUCCUUGCUUGGACUAGAACCCCACACAACUCUUCCGGAGACACUAGACCGGCUUUCGGCGAGGUUCUUAUGCGGCAACUGUCCGUCCAUCGAAACAGCUACGAAUGAGUCGAGGUAUUUGUACAACUGGCGACAGAGUGUGAUUCAUUCUAUCGCUAGCGACAAAGAAACACACGUGGAGUUCAAGUGGGAACUACUCCCCGAUGAAUCAGCAGAGGACGUCGCCAGACGGGAGAAACGUAGCAGGGAGACAGAUACCUUGGACGCAGGGAUUGAAGCAUGGUGGUGCAACCAUUGCAACCAUACCCUGGAAAAUGGCGAGGACCGCAAACUCAACGUUCUGGCUCAUAUAUGCGAGCGCCACAAGGAAAUCCUGUCCCCUGAGGAAGGGCGUGAUUUCUUCUUUUCCCCCGCACAGACCCGGAGCGGCCCCCAGCCCAUACUCUAUGUUGUCGAGCGAGCGGUCACCCCCAACUAAACGAUACAAUGUCGUUCGUGAUGAAGAGACACGGUCACUGCUCCAAAUUAGCGGUAUCGCUUGUGCUAGUAUCUAGUCCGUAUAUUAGAACACGUUGAAUGCUCGCAUAUGCAUACCACGCACGUUUCAC